CACACAGUCCAUUUAUUCCCUUCAUUACCGGCUCCAAAAAAGCAUCUCCUUUUUCUCCUCUUCCACAUCCACACCGGCGCGUCCGCCGCCACCGCCAUCUCCGAUGGGCUUCCCCUCCGUCUGCUACACCGUCAUCCUACCCCGCCCCGUCGCCCUCGUCGUCCAACUCCUCGACCUCCUGAAGCUCGCCCUCUCCGCCGGCCUCUUCUUCCUCGGCCUCCCCUCCUCCCCUCCCUACUCCGCCGCUGUCGAUGACCUCUACCCAUUCCCCACCUACCCGCUCCUCCACCUCUCCGACUCCCACCUCCCUCCUCCCGCCUCCGUCAAGUCCCGCCUCCCCGUCGUCCGCUUCUCCGCCCUCCGCUCCGACGGCUCCGCCCUCUGCGCCGUCUGCCUCGGCGCCCUCCACCCCAGCCACGAGGUCCGCCAUCUCGGCAACUGCCUCCACGCCUUCCACAAGUCCUGCAUCGACAAGUGGGUCGACGUCGGCCAGCUCACCUGCCCUCUCUGCCGCGCUCCGCUCCUCCACCAUCAACCGCCGGAGGAUGACGAUGAGCCAAGCAAUAAUUCUCUGGAAAGAACUGAGAGAGAGGACUAGAUCAAGGCACUUUGUCAAAUGUGGAGCACCUUUGUCAUCACUCACUUCACCAUGGAGAGGGUCCCAUGCACGAGACUAGAGGCACAGGGACUUCGUUUAUUGAAAGCUUAAACCUAUCCCUGCUUUCCUAUGUGAAUUGUGUUUCCUCUUGGCUUAGACUUGGUGGUCUGGGUUAACUGGCUAAGUCUAAAAUAGGAGGAAAACAUAGUCCGGUUGGACCGAAUGGAACCGGUUGGGCAACAUGUAUCGGCGUUGUGCCAAGAACAUCCCAACAUCCCAAUCAAAUCCAAUAUUUUCAAUUCAUUUUCGACCAAUUCGGAUCUUGUCUAACUUUUGAGGUAAACCAACUAAAGUGGUAAGAGGAAAGAAAACAAAAUUAAAACUUCAAUGUGGUGAGUGCAUGAUAGGUCAUUUGGCUCUUUCAAUGGAGGGACCAUUACCACUUGCAAUCCUAAUUCGGACUCUACUUCUACCAAUGGGUGGAGACAAGGAGACAUAAUGUUAUUCCCCCUCCCCCACUUUCAAUGGUCGUACCCAAAAAGAAAAAAAAAACAGAGGGGGGUGCACAAGUAUAAAUA